AUGACGCAAACGGCAGACUACAGAAGCGAUGUGCAGUCGGCAGAGCCGUCGGUGCCCGACACCGACCCCGUGAUUCGCCUCACAGGAUAUGGCUUUCGCGGUGGGUUGCUGGUCGCUGUGGUGUCAAAGCCGUGGUUGAACAUCGAGGACGGGGCUCAGGUGGGCGUCCAGAACUUGACCAUCUUCCGGCAGGUUGGACCCUUCUCGGUUCAUCCGUCCCACGCAGUGCCGGAGAGGAUGGUGGUGCGCUUUACCGUGCACGGCAACUACUUCAGUCCCUAUGCAGCCGGUACCCUGGAGACGCUGCAGACUCAGCUGUCGAUCGCCAGUGGCGCAGGGCCCUCGGAACAUGUGCUCGGUUUGCAUAGCGAGCUGAUGCUUUGCGUCGCUUCCUGCACAGAUCCAGGCUCGCGAGAGACAAGUAUUGUUCUCCGCACCUUCGAUGUCUUCGUCCGAGUCCCAGGAUUUUCCAGUCUUCUUGCAGCCGGAGCUCAGCCAACCCUGGACCUGGCCACGUCCAGCCUGACCUACGUGCGACAGGUGGCGGCCGAGCAGGCCCUGUUGAUCUCCUUCCAAAGCUGGAAUCAGCUGCCCGUGUCCUUGCUGCUGGUUCCCUUUCUUGCAAGCUACGUUGCAGACCUGCAAGACAACAUCGAGCGUAGGUCUGGUGGCAUUCUUCGCCAGCCACUGCUUCAAUGUGCCGGCAGUCAGGGCGGUCCCCUGCUUCAGCCCUGUGAACGUGUCCAUCCCCAUCGAGCACCUUCCGCCUCCUUCGGUGAUCGCCCAGUCUGCUGGGAUCUUGGCAUGGUGGCUUAG